UUUUUUUGCAUUUUGUGUUGUAGAGCGGGUUGUCAAGGACGAACCGGUGAUGACGUUCGUCACAAGUUCAGGUAACAUUGUUGAUAGGCAACCAUGGGGUAUACGUUACUUUAAACAAUUACUGCUCAAUCUUUUCAACAUCAUUUGUCUGUUUAUUCAGACACUCUUACCUUUAGACCUUUUUCGCCAGAAAACAUCUAAUCAAAGAAAUUCAUGGGAUGGAAGACCACCUCGGCCACCUGGACGUUUUGGUGGAUUCGGAGGCUGUAGAGGUGCUCCAAGUGCUCCACCAAUGGCUGGUGGAGGAUGAGGUUAAACAGUCUUUGGAAUUAAUAGUUGUCAAUUGCAAAUUCCAAAGACUGUGAAUCAAAUAAUUUGUUUUCGAACCUUUAAAUUCUAUUUUGGUAUAUGACGGUUGUUUGGAAAAUCUCGUCUGCAGAUCUAGACAACUUGAUGACCAACAUUAGUUUCUUUGUAAAAAUCCUUAUCAAUCAAUCUAAUUUUUAUUUUUACAAUAAACAUCGCUUCUUUAUUUUCCAAAAACUUACGUAUUUCGUGUUUUUUUUCACGGUUGAUUCAUUACUAAUGCAAAAUAAUAUAUUUUAUCAGGGAAAUUAUUAGUUUCUUAACUGAUUGGUAAAUUGCAGUUUACUAUUCAAAAUCUCGUUGAUUUCAGAAGAAUAAUAGUCUUAUUUUCGAUUCAGUUGAUGUACUUUGUUCGACUUGAGCUGGUAAAGAAAUACACUUGUAUGUAGCGCUAGUUUCGAAUCGAUUUGAUAUCUAUCACUGACUGGUAUAUUAGGUAUCAUUUUAGUUUGUCGAUUUUGGAGGUCGAAGCAAUAGAUUUUCAAUUCGCAGGUUCUGUGUUCAACACACUUUUGGCUAUCUUUGUGGCAUCUGUAACUCAUGUAAAUCGAUUAUGCCUCUGAAGCUAAGCAAAUAAAUAUGUGCUUGGUAAGUCACGAUUCACGGAAACUGGAUCGACUCAAAAUAUUGAAGACCUGCUUCAGUCUGGGCACCUGG